CUUCCAAAAGUUUGCCUUCCUGUGCCUUUGUAAGAACCAGAAUGGAGCAGCCAGCCAUUGUUUCUCUAAGCCAAAGAUGUGGGCAGCUGAAAAAACUCCCAGCAAGAGUGCGAGGAUUGGCAUGCUGCCAAUGUCUGCCUCGUCACUGUAAACACACGAAGCCCCAAAAAGAAACUGAGCAAAUAUUUCCUAAGUUGCAGCUUUCUGGGCCCUCUGAAUUGCAGAAAAGACCUGAAGAGCUGCUCCAAACUGGGGAGGAGUACGGAACCUCUAAAAGGAGUAAGAAAUAUUUUGAACAAGAAAGACGCCUUUUUUGCUUGCAUUAUAUGUAUCAUCUUGCCUUUCUUGAUAUAGCAUCAUCCAGGAGGAGGCUGGAGCAAAACAAGCAGUUUGCAGCUGUUGAAAAUGCAUACAGCAGCCACGAUCUGGUAAAUUAUUUAUUUCCAAGAGAACAGAAAUCACCAGGUGCCACUGAGAAAGAAACGGAGGAAAAGACAUUUCCAGUUUUGGCCAUAAAGAAGCAGCAGGGACAGCACUGCAAGAGAUCUUCCAAAGUAUGUGAAGUUUUUGAUGAAUUGAGAAAUGAAGAUAAUGGAGUCACAGAAAUUCCAGAGCAUUUGAAAUCCAGUGCCAGUGCUUUAGCCCCAAAAGAAACAAACCCUGUGCCUCUGACUCUUCAGGAGGUGGCUCUGAAGCAUCCAGUGCUGGGCGGAAACCUGGAACGUUUGAAGUCCUCUUGACAGCAGACAAGAAGAUAGCAGAGAAAAGAAGGAACCAGCACAUGCCUUAAGAAAGUGCUAUCAUAAACCACAGCCGUGUUUUCCUUCAGAAGGAGAAAUACCAAGAAACACUGCAUGCAGCUUGCAUGUAGUUAUGACAGACUGCUGUUUAAGUCAUUUGUCCAGAAUUAAGGACUUUCCUUUAUAACACAUUUAACAUUUUUAGAAGCACGUUUAUACCUGUGAAGGAAAGUGAAGAGAAAUUAAGCUAAACCGUCAAUUUGAAGUUGCCUCAUAAGGUUUUCAGAAAGCUUUUACACAUAGAAUUGAUGAGUAUGUUUUCAAAUCCAUGUACGGAUGCUUAGCAAGGAACUAGCUUUCUGUACUAGAGUGCAGAAAGGCCUCAGGUGCAUAGUAUUAACCUUUGUGGUGGUCAUCUGGGUAAGAGAAGUACAGCCUCUUUAAAGAAGAGAAAGUGCAACUAUCAUUUUCACAGAUUUGGAAGGGCGUAUCCCGCAUUUUUCAUUAAAACCAUAAAAAACAACUUUCAUCACCAACAUAUUAUGAUUAUGAGAAUGACUGCCAAAACAAGUUUAAGCAACCAAGAAAAAGUCUUUAUAAAGCAGUAUGUCUUUGACCUUAUUUAAGAAAGGUAUGAUUGCAAAUGAAACACCUUUGCUUUCUAAUCAAGGUCUACUAAGAGUUUUAAAAAUCCUGGCUGCUUCCAGUUUAUGCUUGAGAUAAUCACAGUGUGUUACUUAUCACCAAGGAAGUGGAACGAGCAACAGUCAGACCAGUCCAGUAGUCAGUCCACUUAGGUUGCAUGGCAGCGUUGAGGAAGCUGAAGGUGCCUGCAAAUUCAUCAUCCCUAAUAUCAAAGAUCAAAAGAGUCACAUGUGGCUCUGCAGCACAGCACAUAAAUUACUUUAAAGGAGAAUUCUCAUGUGUCCUGACGAACCUAUGAAAACUGGCAGAGACUAAUCAGCAGCAAAAUAAUUUCUCUAGAAGUUCACUUCUGCGGAUUGUUUGCGUACCUUUCUGGGACAGAAGACAAAUUUGCUAGUUUUUCCACCUGAAUCCUCCUCCCGUGCAUUGGAAACAAUGAAAUUCUACUUGAAUUAGGACAACAGGAGAGGCAAUUGAGAGGGGCCCUAAGGAUUCAGUCUCUUAAUCACAACUGUGACAAAACGCUGUCAUCCUUGCUGGCAAUUCCCUAGCAAUUUACAGUACACCAGUGUAACAGGAGACCUUGUAUUGUGAAGAAACCUUACUAGAUAACCAGUUCUUCAUCUUUGGAUUCCCCUGCCCUUGCUAUAAUACACAAAUCCUAGUGAUCACCAGUUACUCUGCCGUCCUGAAGCUAUUCGGGAGCUAUGUUUUGACCCUGACAUUGUAUCUAAAGUUAUUCAGAAACCGAAGUCAGUGCAGACUUUGGUUUCUGAAUAACCCAUUUAAUGAGGAGGGCAUUUCAGUAGGACCGUGUGAAUGCGCACCAGCAGCCCCAUUAGGCUGCAAUAGCAGCUUAAGAGGUUUUAUUAUAGGGGGAACAUAAAAUCACUCACUCCAGCCAAACUGCAGUUUGGGCUGCUCCCCAAAAGGGGAUUUCUUCCUGCAUAUAAGACAGAAAUUAAAUUGCUGAGCAGCUUUUCCCUGGGAGGUACUGGACCUCCAUUCCUUGGGUUUAGGCUUCUCCAAGUCUAGCAGUUGUUUUAGUCUAUUAAAAAAGAAAUACGUAGCUAGGAACUUGGGAAAGAGAUGAGGAACUUCAGAGAGAAAUUCCCAAAGCAAAGAAGACCUAAAGAAGAGGUUAGGGCUUUUUCUUUUAAAUCAUUGCCGGGCUGAUUUCCUGCGAAGAAAUUGCUCAGAUGUGAAAAGAUUUUUUUGGACUGUCAAUAGUAGGUUCAGUAGAGUCAAAUAAAGAUAUAUUUUUUAUUAUCUGCACAUAGUUCAAGGUAAUUUAAAAUGUAAGGAGAAAGCAGCUAGUGUAAAGGCCAAGAGAGUACCUCAAGGAUCAAUCCUGUCUUCGAAAGAUUGUCAUCUUUCUAACAAUUUAUUUGCUGGUAUAUCAAUAAGUGCCAAAAUCAAAUAAUUUUUUUUCGAAUUAUGUUCCAAAACAAAACACAUAGAAAUUGCCAACCUCUGUUGAGCACAACAAAGAAGACAAACUGUACAUAU